AGUCGCUGUCUCGCCUUUGCCCUCGCAUCCCCACUCUCGUCACGCGGCCGCUGCCCGGCCCUGCUCGCCAAAAACAUCUCGGCACGCUCCCUCGCCCUCGGCGCCCACGCCCUGCACAGCGCCAGCAGUGUUUUUGUCCGCUCACCACCACCGGCGCCCUCUGCCCCCCCAGAGCGCCGCUGCUGCAUCGCACGAGCCCGCCGUGUCCUGUCCAGCCGCCGCUGCCCCCGCUGGCCACGGCUUGACCAGGCUCCCCGGCGCGGGCGCACAAUGAGCGCGCCCCAGCACACCAGACGAAGCACUUCGAGAACAGCUCCCGACCGCCGCGAAGCCGUCGCGCACGCUGCCAACGUCGUGUCAACACUCCCGACGGGACGCCCCAACCCCUCCUCUGCCACUUCCCCCUCCCGCGUGUCUGCUCCCGCGCAGAUAGCGACAGCAACCGUCGAGGAACCCACCGCUAUCGCUGCCGCGAUGCUGUCUACAAUGUCGGCCUCGAGUACGACUGUUGCAGAGGCAAUGCCCGCCGACCAAGCUCCUAAUGCCUUCGACGACGCCGCAGACAAUGGCUCCAGCAGCUUGAGCGAGCUGGGAGACGCCUCAGACGACCAAUCUGAACUCACGCCGAGACAGACGCCAGCAGCAGACCUGGAUGAAGACGACUCGGAGGCCGAGACGGAGCGCCUGGACAACACGCCUCGAAAACUGGCGCGAACAGUCCCCGACACGCCCUCGUUAUCCGAGUCAGCUUACACUAGGACUUCCAGCAAGCUGGCGCACUCUAAAAUAAUAGACCAUGACGGCUCUACUCCUGCCACACCCUCUGCCCUCGCACACGACGCCCCUAUUGAUGCAGCAGUUACAUCCGACAACCCCCUACACUCCCUGUCGCUUAUCGCAACCACAGAGGCGGCCAGCCUGGAACACGUGGGCAAGAAACGAAAGCGAGCGAGCGCCGAGGGGAGCCCCAUGGACGAGCAAGACGAGGAAGAGCCAUUGCGAAAGAGAAGCGAGCCCGCGAGGAACUCGGCGCUCGACGGCCUGGCUGAUGCUGCAGCCGACAGGCAAGGUCGUAUGGACGCCGACGAGGAGCUCGAGAAUGCCGAGGAGAACCUAUCGGCACUUGCGCGUGAGGAAUUGGAGCUUGAGGAGCGCCAAGCUAACAUUGCCGCACAAGCUGUUAAUGAAAUGGCAACCGUUGCAAAGCACACAAAACCACGGAAAGGCGGUAGAAGAGGAAAGCGAAAGGUGGAGGAUACCAGCCAUGCCUACACUGAGCCUUUCGUGGCUGCCGAGACACAGGAGGGCGAGGCUGAGGGCGAUCACGAAGAAGAAGACAGCUCGGUCUUGGACGAGGAGGUGACUAAGAAGAAAAUCGCCAUUGACGAACUUGCAAAGAUUGAAAAGAAGUUUAAGCUAUUCAGGGAAAAGCUUUGUGACGAACAAAUAGCACAACUCGAGCGGGAGUUUGAAAUGCUCAAACAGCCAAACUGUGUUCACCCCGAGUACAUGGCAAUGAUCAAAUGCAUCGACGAUCGGCGCGCCGACAAGAUUGCGUACGAGACGAGGCUGUUGGAAUACAAGCAGAAGAAUCUUGAGAUAAUAACAGCAGCGGAACGUCACCAAAUGCACAGCCAGUACUUCCAGACUGUGCGACACAUACGCGAAGAGAUACUCGAAGAGUGCAACCAGCGCGUCUUUGAAUUGCAGCGCGGAAGGCGACAGCUCGGCUGUGAUGAGACGGAAUACAUGGUGCGAUUGCCGGAGAAGAGGUCAGAUCAAAUUAGACACCAAACGGCGUACAACCUCGAGGUUUCUGUGCUGUCUGGUGUUGCCAAGUACGUUGGGUUCCCAGCGGCACCAGACAUCAGUGCGGCGAGGCCGUCGGAGAUUGAUGAAGAUCUUCGAGCUAUGAAGAUUGUAACUCGUGCUCCGGCCCCGCCUCCUUCAUUCCGCACCUACAACAGAACUACCACUACAGCAGACGAAGCCGCUGCAGAAGAACAGUUCUUAGAAAGCACGCCAUGGGCCAACCCACGACACCCCUCACAUCAAGAGAGUCGGUAUCCUCUGGGGCCAUCGCGCGUGCACAGUUAUCAAACUCCGGCUGGCCAGCGUCGUAUGGUUGACCUAACGGCCCCCAAUGGUUCUGCGUCAACAAUCGAAGCAAAUUCAAACCCUCCUUCUUCACAUGCCCAUCACACCAAUGGGCUUUCAGGUGAUGCCGAGUCGCCGGUGCUGCACAUGAAGCGCGCGCCAAUCGACCACUCGGCGUACGGAGAGACACCUGGCUCCGAUCCUCGUGGCAACAUGGGGGUCUUGAGCAGGGAAACAUAUGGCAUGAUGUCAAGCCCUGCAGCACAACACAUGGACCUUCCCCAUGAACAAGGCGGUCAACGGUGGGGUGGCAGCGGUAUACGACCGAUGAAUUCUGGGCCCAACGCUGCGCCUGGCCACCAGCCCGGCGGCCCAGGUCGACCAGACGCAGCGCGAGCACCCAUGACACAACGUAGUGGUCUUGGUACAAUCAGCGUUGGUAGUGGUUUAUUUGGGCGCUGAAAUCCAGAAAUAAAAAAUCUCCCACAAACAAACAUAAAAGCCCCAGGGGGAAGAAACCAAAGGAAGAAGAACAAAAGAAUACGACUUGCAAUUCUCUGUUUUUUUUUUCUCGUGCAGAUUUUUUUUUCGGGUUUUUGAGUUCGCACACACACACACACAAG